AUUUACAUUAUUUACUCACAUCUUUACAUUCAUCACGAAAAACUCCAAAAUCUCUUUGAUUCGUUCAGAUUCACUCUCUUCGGCGAGAAACUGUUAGAUCGUUACGUACUGUUAAAUCUCCGACUACAAAAUCGUUCUAUUCUAUCUCUCGAAAAAUGAUCUGCCUAGUUCUCUCUGUCCUCAUCACCACGGCGGCUGCUGCUGCGGAGUUCGGUGGGGAGGUAUUAGAGACGGAGCUUUGGUGCGUUGCGAAGAACAACGCUGAGGAUUCGGCACUUCAAACGGCUGUUGACUGGGCUUGUGGGCCUGGAGGAGCUGAUUGCGGUGAGAUCCAGCAAGGCGGGUCCUGUUACGAUCCACCGGAUAUGGUGAAGAUGGCGUCGUAUGUUUUCAAUAACUAUUACUUGAAGAACGGUCUCGCAGAUGAAGCUUGUAACUUUAGUAACAACGCAGCUGUUACUUCACUGAAUCCUAGUCAAGGAGCAUGCAAGUUUCCUUCAAGUAAGAGAGUGAGCAAUGGAAGUAUCGCGGAUGCCACUUCAACGCAGGCUACAACUGCUGCACAAGAAUCCUCAGAUUUCAGUAGAGCAAGGCGGAUGUUUACCAGCUGUUCCUUGCCCUUCGUCGUUUUAGGCCACAUUAUGACAAUGACACUGAUCAUUCAUCAUCUUUAGCUACCGCUUGGUGAUUGAAGGUAACCCUUUUUUUUAAUCUCCAAACCCUUUCCUCAACCCUCAGUUUUAUGUAAACUAAAAUGGUUCUGCAUCUUUAAUUGAUCCCUGAAAUGUAGCUCUGUACUGUCUUACCAUUAUGAAGAGUUAACUAGAAAAAGGCAUCAACGUUAGCUUUG